UCGCAACAAUUUUACUAUGCUCGCUAGUAAUCUGCUUGGUAACUUUCCGAUGCUACCGGUACCUGUUCGAUCGACCACCCAACUUCCCCAAAGGUCCUCCCAGACUACCCCUCCUAGGAGGUUACGGGAUCAUGCUGAUGAUCAACUACAAGCAUCUGCACAAGGCCGCUACCCGGUUGAGUGAGUUCUACAAAUCCAACCUGAUCGGACUGCACGUCGGCAGCUACCCAACGGUCCUGGUGAACGAUUUUGACACCGUGAAGGAGGUACUGAACCGAAGGGAGUUUGACGGCCGGCCGGACAUGUAUAUGGUCCGAAUACGCGAAAAGAACUUCCAGCGGAGGGGGAUCUUCUUCAUAGACGGACCGGAUUGGAAGGAGCAGCGACGGUUUAUGCUGCGAUAUCUGCGAGAUUUUGGGUUUGGUAGGAGGUUGGAGCAGCUGGAAGUGGAAACGGAAGCCGAGAUACGGACGUUGAUCGACAUAAUCCGGGACGGGUCGAGGUACGAGCAUGAACGGGGCUUUUGCGGUCCGGAUGGGUUUGUCAAGUGUCCGGAGGUAUUUUUUGGAUGCUUUGCCAACGUGCUGCUCUACGUGAUAGCUGGAGAGCGAAUUGAGCGCGCAAACGCUGAAUCACUAUUUGAUCUGGGAAGGCACUCGAUGACGUUUCUGCGAUGCGGAGAUGACUACGGAACGAUACUGAGUCUGAUACCGUGGAUCCGAUACCUGUUUCCGAACGCUACUAAUUAUAACAACAUUCGCAAGUCUAAUCGGGGCGUUAACGCGUUCAUUGCUACUGUUGUCCGGAAGUUUCUGGACAGUCACGAUGAAGGUCGGGUACGAUGCUUCCUGGAUCUGUAUUUUCAGGAGAUGAAGAAGACUGCGCCCAAGGAAGAAGGAAUUGGUUUCCAGUAUGAUCAGCUGAUCAUCGCACUAGCCGAUUUCUUCCUACCAACCAUUGCAGCAUCAGCAUCGCAAGGGUCGUUGCUGCUGCAACGCUUGCUACUCAAUCUGGAGGUUCUAACCAAAAUGCAGAAGGAGAUCGACGAAGUUGUUGGUCGCGAUCGACUACCAACCCUCGAUGAUCGCGUCUACCUGCCGUACACGGAGGCAACCCUGCGUGAAGCCAUGCGUAUCGACACGCUGGUCCCGUCCGGAAUCGGCCACAUGGCCCUUCAGGACACAACCCUCCAAGGGUACGACAUCCCGAAAGGAACUAUUCUGAUGCUCGGUCUCGACGCGAUCCACAAUCAACGGGACAUCUGGGGCGAUCCGGAAGUGUUCCGACCGGAACGAUUCCUGGACUCGCAAGGACGCCUCUCACUAGCUAAAGAUGUGUCCGUGCCGUUUGGAGCCGGGAAGCGGCUCUGUGCCGAGACCUUCGCCCGGAACACCAUGUUCCUGGUGGUGACAGCCCUCGUGCAGAACUUUAGUUUGAAGCAGCGGCCAUUCGAUAAGAAGCCUGACCUUGGAACGCGACAAACGGGGGUCAUCAUUACGCCGGAAGAUUUUUGGGUAAAAUUUGAGCCGCGAUGACCACUGCAAGUUUCAACUGUCCCAAAUACUUGUUGAAAGCCCUUGAAGAGAUAUCACUGACCACGCCUCCCAAGCAAUACUGUUAAAAAGUUUGCAAAUUACGUGCUCUGCAAAACAGGGUCGUUAAAGUUUACGACCCAUCUGAAGCAAGUCGACGAAUAGCUUAGCCGAAUCUUUCACCAUCACCAACAACAAAUUAUAUAGAUGCUAGUCUGUCCGGUUUCAAACGCCAAAAUAAAUGAGAUCGAAAAAAAAUCCAUUGUAAAAA